GUCACAUCAUCAUCACGUACUUAACGUUAAUAAUAUACAUUGAGGAAAGCGAUAGUAUUAGUUACAUACAUGUGGAAAAAGUUGCCCUCAAACAAAACUUUCACAUCAUCACUUAACGUUAACAUACAUUUGAGGAAAGCGAUAGUAUUACUUGCAUAUGGAAAAAGUUGCCCUCAAACGAGACCUUCACAUGCAUCAUCUUCCAUAUUAUUUAUUUCCUCUGUGCGUUUGAACAUCCAGAGCCUUUUAUAUCUCCCGACCAUAGUAGGAUAGCUAGAGUAGUCUGCUACAUACUCUUAAAUGUCUCCUCCUCUCAAAACCAGAGUUUUAAUUUUUCUUGGCAUAAUCUUCUUUUCACUACAGUCAACUUUCGAGUCAACAAUGCCAAGAAACGUGACGAGUGUUGUAUUGGAUGGGUACCGUAAAAUAUUCAGUGAGAAGAAGACAUUCGUGUUGGGAUUCUUCAGCAUAGGUGAUAGCCAAUCGAGUUGGUAUUUGGGCAUAUGGUAUGCUUCAUCUCCUACUCCAACCUAUGUUUGGGUGGCAAAUAGGGAGAUACCAAUCAAGAAUCUAUCACAGGCUUGACUUGAGAUAACCAAACUGGAAGGGAAGUUAGUUCUGAAAAAUGGGGAAGAAGGUUCUGUUGUUUGGGAAACGAAGGGCAACACUGAGCACGCCAGCGGAGUGAAGCUCACGGACCAAGGGAAUCUGGUGGUUUAUGAUACUGAAGGAGUGCUCAUUUGGCAAAGCUUUGAUUUCCCGACAGAUACGUGGCUUCCCGGCAUGAACUUGACAGCUCAGAGCUGGCUUACCUCAUGGAAAAGUUCCAAUGACCCAUCAGUGGGAAGGUAUUCUCUCCAGCUCCUGUUUCCGACAUACGGUGAGUUGGCUCUGGUGUAUAAUGAUUCCAAUGCUAACAAUAUUUAUUGGUAUUCUGGAAAUUGGACCGGAAAUGCCUUUGCACGAGUCCCUAGGAUGGCCGAACUUCUUUGCAUUAAAGAUUUCAUUUUUUCCCAACCUUUCACUCUAAUGGCAUCUUUGAUGUACUCUGAGAUGUCUAUAGAGCACGGGGUACAACAGCCUCUGACCCAUUUCCAUUUAGACCACACCGGACAGCUUAAGCAAUACACAUGGUAUGUUGAGACUGAGAACUGGAACAUUGUCUGGUCAACACCUAAGAACCCGUGUUCGGUUUAUGGAUUUUGCGGGAAUAUGGGGUUUUGUGACACUAGUUCUUCUCUGAGUCCAUGCAAAUGUAUUACGGGGUUUGAGCCGCGGGACGAUGUUUCUUGGGAUGCAGGAGAUUUUUCUAGCGGUUGUCGCCUUCGUGAUGGUACAUGCGGUAAUGACAAUGGUGGGUUUCAACAAGUGAGGACAGCCACUUAUGGUGGAGCAAGAAGUAUGUCAUUCACCGGAACUAUGGCCACCUGUAAAAAGCGAUGUUUGGGUAAUUGCUCUUGUCUUGGUUUUCAUUAUAAUGAAGGAUCACGUGUCUGUACAAAUAUGUUCGGGGAGUUGUUGAAUAUGAGGAAUAGUUUUUCUACUUCGGAUGAUAAUGAUGAGCUGUUUUUGAGAGUCAAGACAGGUGGUGUUAAUGCCUGGAAUGACAAUAAGAAAAAGACGUUUCUAUUGAUAGGAGCAAGCUGCUUUGUGGUUAUGGUAACUUUUGUACUUGGACUUUCUGCUUUUUUCAUUUUAAGGAGAAAAAUUUUGGGCCAGAAGACAGAGGAGGACAAGUAUGAAGUAAUGACAAAUUUGAAACUCUUUUCACACCACGAGCUUCAUGAUGCGACAAAGGGGUUCUCCGAGAAGCUGGGGCAGGGAGGAUGCGGAGCCGUGUUCCUAGGCAACCUACCCGACUCCUCACGUGUUGCUGUGAAGAGGCUGGACAGGGCGGGCGGUAGCGAGAAGGAGUUCCGGGCCGAGAUAUCCACCUUAGGAAACAUUCAGCAUAUUAAUCUGGUCAGACUCCGGGGGUACUGUUGCGAGGACAAUCACAGAAUUUUAGUUUAUGAUUACAUGCCAAAUGGUCCGCUCAGCUCCUACUUAAGCAGGGAAGGCGGCAAAGCGCCGCUGCCUUGGGAUGUCCGGUUCCGGGUCGCCGUCGGCGUUGCGAGAGGACUCGCCUACUUACACGAGGACUGCCGGAGCUGCAUCGUACACCGUGACAUCAAACCGGAAAAUAUUCUUGUGGACGGAGAUUUCUGCGCAAAGGUUUCGGAUUUCGGGCUGGCAAAGCUCUUGUGUGGGGACCUCAACCCAGUGCCGGGGGCAAUGGGAGGGACUCAGGGGUAUGUUGCGCCGGAGGUGGCCUCCGGAUCAGAAAUCACGGCUAAAGCUGACGUAUAUAGCUAUGGGAUGACCAUGCUCGAGUUGAUCGGUGGGAGGCGUAACGUGGAGGGCCCGCCGCCUCCUACCGGCGGGAACGAGGAUGAGAAAUGGUUUUUUCCUCCCUGGGCGGCGCAGCAGAUCAUAGAAGGCAACUUGGCAGCAGUUGUGGACCAGAAGCUUGCGGCGAUUGAAGGAGGAGGAGGGUAUAAUGCGUCGGAGGCAGAGCGGUUGGGACGAGUGGCGGUGUGGUGCAUUCAGGAGGAGGAAUCUGCCAGGCCUACAAUGGGAACCGUUUUGAAGAUGCUGCAGGGAGUCGCUGAGGUGGGACUGCCGCCAAUGCCACCUAACAUGCAUCAUGCGUUUCUCUCCGACGCGUCAUCUUUUAAACUUAGCAAGCUAGCCACGUGUUCCACUCUCCAUAGUGGCGAGGGAUGUGACAUCUUGGAUGGUCAAAAUUAAAUUGCAAAAGAGUUGGUCUCUGGUGCAUUGUAAAAUUUAGUGUAUUUUACUACCUUUUCGUAACCAAGCAUAUAAUAGCAAUUAGCAAUAUACUUGUAUAUAUUUCUACUAUAUAUAUAUAGGCAAUUAGCAAUAUAGAAAAUGUUAAACGGUCAAAUAGGUUCUUGUACUGAUCAUGUGAGC